AUGUCAAUUUCACAAACAGUUGUUUCAAAUGGUCGUAAAAUUGUAAAUUUCAAUUUACAAGGUAUUGACCACGUUUUACCAUAUAUUGCUAAACGUAUUGCAUGGGCUGCCAAAUUAUCAGGUAUUAAAACUGUUGGUCCAAUUCCACUCCCAAGCACAUUUCAAAAAUGGACUGUUCUUAAAUCACCACACACCGAUAAGAGAUCACGUGAACAAUACGAAUUAAAAGUUAAUAAAAGAUUAGUUCAAAUCGAUGCCAAUGUUGAAAUGGCUGAUAAAUUUGUUAAAUUUGUUCAAACUAAACUCCCACCAAUUUCAGCAACUGUAGAUAUUAAAAUUGAAGAAAGAAUUUAUCAUCCAGAAGAAAACUUUUAUUCAGGUAAAAGAAUUGCCUAA